AUGCUUAAGCCCAAGUUUAAGGCCUCCUCGGUUAAGCCAGGUGUUUGGUCACCAGGCAGCAGCAGCGAUCCUUACAACCGAGACCGGGACCCCGGGAGCCCAGAUCGAGGGAAGAAUUCGGAAAGAGAUGCCGGCAUUCCGCCGGUUUGGACGCCUUCCAGCGCAGGAACCAGUCCUGUUGCAGAGCGCAAGGAGUUUCGGCCAACGGAGCAAGUGUCGCAACCGCAGCCCCCCUGGAAGAGCGAGAGCCACCCCCAGUCCGAAGAUCACCCCCCGGCCCAGGAGAAGAAAAAAGAUCCGUCCAGCAAUGGCACGAACAACCUCCCGGAUGGUUCUUACAACAUAAGCCCAAGGAUUGUUAACUCUCACUCGGUGCCGUCUCAAGGGUUGAACACCCUCGCAACCACUUCGCGACUGCCGCGUGCGCAAAAUCCGACAAUUACUCUCCUGCAAAAGGCCAGAGAGGGUCAAUUGCCCAAGGGAGCUGCCUACCUCAACGAGAGCAUCUGCCUCAAAAAUAACGACACCGGAGAUUUACUUAAUUCGGUGAAAAAAGAAGAUAACGAAAUGAAGAAAACCCCGAGAAAAAUAGAAGGGAUCGGACCGAUUACCAAAAACGGAAUGCCAGUUGCUCUAAGAUCGGAGGUGAAAGAGGAUAAUCAAGCAAAGUGGUACAAACAAAUGUACGACUCGCUCCACCGCGCCGGCAAAGACGGUCUAAGAUACGGGCACGGAAGCAGCAGCGGAUAUUUAAGCGAGCCAGAGCCACGUGCGUAUGCAGACAAAUCCGCGACAUUGGACAUACGCAGACGCCAAAGAAACAAGGAAAAUGACUCGUCGAUCUCGACGAUGCCAAGAAAAAGCGCGCUGGUAAAAACUACCGCUGAAGUUUAUCGAAACCAACCAGGGCGCAUCGAGAACUAUCAGCCGGGUCAAUCUACCCCCGCAGUCGGCGUCGGGGAAAAAGAAACCAAGGAGUGGUGGGACGAGGUCAUGGACAUAUUUGAUAGGUCUCCCAAGGGCAGUUCCGUGAGAAAAAGACACUCCAAGCAUGCUGGAAAUAACGAAACCGAGGACGCGAUGCUCAUUGGGUUCAUCGACGAGACGGUGAAGCCCGAGGAAGACCAGAGACACUCGAGCAGCAGUAUCGAGGAGAAACUCAAGAGCCUGGCCAGCAGCAGCCCGACUCGCAGGUCUCCUUUGCUGAUAAACCGGUCCUCCUCCUCGUCCUCCUGCUCGAACAAGCAGUCUCUCUUCAGUGUUCCAGCGACGAGUCCGCGGAACCAUCGGAACCACGCGAAUGUCAUCAAUAACAACAGCAUCGGCAUAAACCAGCGGCAGCAUCACGAUCCAUCCAUAUCUUCUUCUACUUCUUCUUCUUCUUCCAGCACCAUUCAUAUUACCAUGCUACCACCACCACCGCCACCAACGAACAAUUCUGUCGCGGAGACGGCCCUGACAUCACCUUCACGGCCGUUCGAUCAGCACAAUCCUCACACGGCCAAGCCCUACAUGAGUCACGCACUAAAAGAGUCCGGAUACGAGAGCGACUCAACGCUUAUUUUCCGUCGACGAGAUGACGUCAGUCCUCUGAGUCCUCUCGAGCAGCGAGUGGCAUACAAGACAGUGCAGAAGGGCGGCGACGUUCCUCUACACGGGCUAAGAAAACUCGCCCCCGAACGACCCAAAGACGACACUGAGAUCCAGUACUUUCCGAUUUCGUCGACAUUGACGAGAAUUCGCGUCCGCAGAAAACACACUCAGUCGACAAGCUCGAUGUCUUCUAGCGGACGUUACCGACGAGCGAACAAUACGAGUUCAAGUACGAGGCCUUGUCCCCCUUCGCCACCCAGAAGGCAGUCCUCGAAAGACAACGCGACUCUUAAGCUGUACAUUUCUGGAACUGGGAGCUCUAACAGGAGGCAUCAGCAGUGUUUUGCAGCAGAAAGUGUCUCUAACAUAAGGUUCCUCAGAGAGAGGCUGAGCAACAAGUUGCUGAAGCAAGAACAGGGUCGGGAUAUUGCACGCAAGAGUUUAACAGCUUCGAUCAGUUCCCGUCCGAAAGUUUCAACUCCUUCAGCUUCGCCGAUCAAGACGACGGCUUUAACUUGUGCCAAGAAGAAACCGGAUUGUUUGACUAAGCGGCCAGUCAGCCCUCCUACUCCUUCCACUUCCUCGGCUGUUAAUUCUCCAGGCUCUCGACAAGUUGAGGAGAAGUCCUUAUCAAAAGUACAAUCUAAAUCCUUGACAGGAGCUCAGGACGGACAUCGUUCAAAAAGUUAUCCGACAAGUUUGCCGUUGAAAAAGGAGACUAAAAUUCGACGAAGAAAAGAACCUGAAGAAAGUUCAAAGCUGGGCAGUACAUCAGUUGGAGGCUCUUCAUCGGUUUACUUAUCGUCCUCGUCAUCAUCUCACGCGGAAUCUGAGACUCGGGAACUGGAAAAAACGAGAUCGAGUUGCAACGUUGUUAUAAGAAGUAGAUCUCCGGUUUCGGGUUCUGGCUCUGGCUCUUGUUCUGGAGCUUCUCUGACAGCAAGACGCGGAAAUUUACUCGAGACUUGUAAACAAAAAUCCUCGACAACUAAAUUAAAGGGAGGCGCCGUGACGACUACGGCAAUACCAUCUCCGCAGCAGCAGUUUAAAAGUACAAGUGUUGUUGUUGGAAGUAAAAGAAUCCGUGAUAAGGUUCAACCUCCUGUAAAAACUCUAUUGAAAAAGUCGCAAGUUAUUGAAGAUCAAGAAAUAAAGUUUUAUAAAAAAAAAAUUGGAAUGAAAAAAGAUAAAUUAGUACGUGAAGGUACUGCUGGAAGUGCUGCCGGGAAUCCUGGUAGGAAAAAAAGUAAUGGGAAAAGUGAUUCCCAUUCCCAGCCGGAGAAGAGAAAGAUAAAAAAAAGUUGUGAAAAAUUACUUGCGGUGAAUUGUUUGAAAAAAGUUGACAAGAGAGUACAAGAGACUACGACUAAAGGAACUAAAGGAACGACAACUAAACCAACAAUAACAACCACAACUACUUCUACUACUGCAAACACAACUACGCAAGCACAACUGGUGACAAUGGACCGGAUUAAAAAGCAUCAGGAGGUGACACGUACUGAUAACUUCUUCCAGAACCUAUUUUUGAGAAAUAUCUCUCAGUCCCCGUUCUCCUCUCAGUGCAGCACUCCGAGACGUUCCUCGGUGAUUGAACGAGCGAAAAUCUUUCAAGAAGUUGCUGGUUUCAAGUCUGAGCCAUCCUUGAGAUCACUCAACGUCUACUUGGCAACCAAGCAGCCAGUCUCUAACUCGCGCUUCAAGAACUGGGAACGUGAGAGUUUUUCCUCACGAAGCUCCAGUCCUAAUCCGUUCGCCGUUAGCUGGCCGGGGCGAUCGAUUUUCCAGAAGAUAACCAAGUUUGACAGUCUUCAAGUUAUCUCCAAGGAGUUCGGCUCCUCCAGCUCGCUGAGAGGCAGUCGGAGCCCCGAAUUGGACCGCGAUAGCAUCAAAGAAAGAAGUCUCAGCGAACCGCCGAUCAAAGUUUCGUCGGUGGAUGAGAAAAUCACGCGAAGGAUUGUCCAUCUGCCUCCGAGAUCGCCUUCUCCGUCGCCUACCCGGUCUGCGGUCCCCAGAAGAAUCAGGUCGUUCCGGCAAGACGAGGCGUUUCCGCAGCUAAAGACGCGGGCUCGCAGCGCCGGGGAAGUCCACGACGAGCAGCGGAAAAAGGAAAUCGGAAAGGGAAAAUUCGGAUCGAAUUUAUCUCUUGCAAAAAGCACGAGCUCCCUGGAAUCUUAUCCGACGAAUAACAAAGAGGAGUACCAGCGGUACGUAUACGAAAUGGUGCAUUCGAAAAAAAAAUCCUCGAGGUACAAGGAUUUGCAUGAUUUCUAUGCGAGUCUCGAGCGAAUGGGAGAACUGGAGAAGAGCACGUCAGCGGGGGAUCUCAGACGGAGAUUCAAGCAUGAAGAUAUUAUUGAUUACGACGAGUGGAAAGAAAUUAGAUCGGCGGAACGUGCCGAGGAAGAGCUCAAGAGCAUUUACGGUAAGCUGAGAGCCGUCCAACGGGAAAAGGAUUUUCUCUUCACCACCAAGGACUUGGAGAAGUACAGAUGGCACGGGGACUGCAGUUUGAGGUGCAAGGAGAGAUCCGUCGAAAAUAUUAGGGAAAGUUUCAGGCGGCUCGCGAGGGAGGACACCCAACUGGAGGCAACCAGACGUCUCGAGAUAUCCGCUAAGAAGGAUGUUUACAAGCCUUUGUGGCGGGGCAACUCGGUGGUGAAUGUGGCGAGCAGUAUAACGCAGCGAGCCAACACUCUCAAGGAAAGCAAAGAGGAAAGUUCUGAUGGAGAUAAACCUGGAAGGAGAAAAACUAUAACUAGAGCUGGGGUUGGAGAAAUUAAAGCCAGCGUUGGAGAAUUCGAAGUUGUCGUCCCGUCUCAUGAAUUCGGUGAUCGACUGGAAGAAGUUAAAGGGCUCAGUGUCCGCUGUCACUCGAUGCUAGUUCCUACCAACUCCAGCUCCUCGGGGAAAUUAUCUUCUUCGCUAAAGAGAAGCGACUCGAUCAGCAACGGUCGUACCUUACACCCACACACCCACACUUCAUUAACCGAAACCGAGAAAAAACGGCUCUCGCUCACGCUUGGAAAAGAAAUUCUCGAUAAAGUCUCGAAAAGAAAAAAACCAAAGUCCCCGUUGGCUCCCCGCGAGACUCUCGGCGCCAUUGCAGCAGCUUCUGUCAAGAAUACAAGUCAAUCAGCUGCGGCAAUUAAUACGUCCCCGAGAACUUGCUACUCUCUGGAGACCUCUGUCGACGACAACGUCUCAAAGUCACGGGACAGAGACAAGAGCGACUUUCUUCUUGUCCUGACCCCCAACGGCGACAGCCCAGCUGCCAGAAGGAAGGUCGAGAGUGUUUUGGACGAGUGGUCGAAAAAGUCACCCGCAAAUUCCAGCCGAAUUAAGAACGCCUCCAGCAGCGAGAUAGACAGCACCACCGAGAGCUCGGAAAAUUCUGUUAAGACGGUGGUGCAGUGCGAGGCAGUUCCUCGGAAGGUCGAGUUCUUCGAGAAAAUCCAGCGGGAAAAAAGAUCGGAAGAAGAAAAUAAGUCCCUCGGAAAAAGAAGCAAGCUUUCCUCCUCGCAGAGCUUCGCGGAUCUGAAGGAACUCUUCGGGGAAAUGGAGUCAGCGCGUUACGGUACACUGGGCCAAAGCGGUCACUCGUCCCCGGGAACAGGAAGCGAGCACAGUUCAGCCAGAGGAAGAGGAAGAAGUACUUCCGCUUCGCCGGAUGUUCCAACCGGGCGAUUUCCCUCCCACUCGCAGCGAGAACCCGCUCGCCCGCGCAGCGUCAGUCCUUGUCGGGUCUCCACCUCGACCUGCAGCCUCGAGUCCCUUCAGCACCGCUGCUACUCCCCGGACCCCGAGCACUACUGGCGCGCGUAUUUGAACCUGGUCAAGCACGGGGCGGUCAAGAAGCUCCGCGCAAAAUUCGAGAGUCUUGAAGAAUUGUCCGGCGAGAGGGCAAAGUUCGUUCUCAGCCCAAAGCGGUUCCAAAGCGACCCUGAAAUCACGCGGAAUUUGUUGAAGAAGUCCGAGUCAAAGAGGAGCUCAUUGCUCAAAACUCAAGAAGUCACGGAUGUCGCGUGGCUGAGGCGCAAGUACGAGCUGGGGCCGAGGGGAAAAAGUAAGAGAAGACUUAGUAGGUCGCCACCAAUCCCGCGAAUUCCGCUGCGACUCGAAGACCUCGCGAUGCCGCACAUAAACGUGAUCAGCAAAACCGCGGAGCUUAAAGACAGUGCGAUGUCGCGCUCCAGUUCGACUACUUCCCUGGCCAUCAAAGCAGAGACCGAGGAGCUGGAGGCCCAGCGACCGGUUAACCGGAUCCGCGACAAGUUUGAGAGGAUGGAUGGGGAUUCCUGCGCCAGGAGCACCGAGGGGAAGCCUUCUAUUCUUGGUGAAAUGUUCACAUCAACGCCCGACGUGCACGAGCUUCGGGACAUUGCGCCGUACCUCGCGGGUCGGUGGGUUGCCCACAAAUAUCCAAGCCGACGUGACAACGGUCGUUCUCUGUCGCUCCCUCCGGACCUUGAGUCUCGGUCUCUGGAGACCAGGAGCCACGUCAAGACUUCAAGUGCUAGUUCGGGCAAUGUUGGUGUUAAUUCCAGUGCUAACGUGUGUGCCAGGACGCUGCCGAGGGAGAGGAGCAAGGUUGACAGGGUCAAAGGGCCAAGAGCGGUCUCGGUGUCUCCGGUUCGCUCUCGCACCCCGACCUCCAUUCUGAAGCAGCGGCAAGCGGAUCCCUUCGCUAAUCAGCCCUUUGAUCCGAGCAAGCACCGGCCCAAGUUCCGAUACCAGCCUCCACCGCCGACCCCUCCGCUGCCCGACCCAGCUAAUCUGAGGGCGAGAGCGGAUUUCGAGAAGAGGGCUAAAAGUUGGUGGCCGGCUAUUCCUACCUACACCGCUAAGCCUACUGUUACCUUUGAAGAGUACUCGAACGCACCCCCUCCGCCGCCACCAAAAUCGCAUCUCUGCAGGACUGAGUAUCAAGAUGUAUCGUAA